AUGAUCAGCGAAAAGCUUGCGACUGAUGUGUAUGCACAUUAUGCCAAAGACGCCAAAGAACUGAAUGCCAAAGGCGGUGCUGCAGCCACAAGUGGUGGUUUGAUUGUUGGUAAUAAGGGAGCUUUGCUCAUUGAGACGAUGCUCAAUAAGCGAUUGAAUGAGCAAGUGCUACAACUCACGCGAGAGGUCACGCCACAGCCAGUCCUGUACGCCAUAAACACGAGUUCUCAUGGAGAUCACUGUUAUGGCAACAUGUAUUUAUCAGAAAAUACUAAGAUCAUCCAGCACAUCAACACUAAAAACUAUGCUGACAACCAUUUGAGUGAAGACAAGGCAUUCAUGCUCAAAAAUUUUGGUGCGGGCCGCGGCAUCGAAGAAAUCAAAGCUCGCACUGGAGACUUGUUGGUAACAGCAGGUGGAAGUAUUACGCUUGACCUCGGUGACAAACUGGUUGAAGUGAUUGAUUUUGGGUUUGCUCAAACUGGAGGCGAUCUUUUUGUAUGGCAGCCAGAUUCAAAAGUAUUGUGGAGUGGAAAUCCAGUAGUGGCUGGCAAGCCUGCAUUGCCAUGGCUAUUAGAUGGUCAUCUGGUUGAAACUCUAGAAACAUUGAAGAAAGUGCAUGCUUUUCUUCCUGCAGAUGCGCGCAUUAUUCCUGGACAUGGCGUGGCGAUGAAGCGCGAAGAUCUCAAGUGGCACAUUGACUACCUUGCUGCAGUAAAGAAGAAUGUGCAAGAUGCGAUUGACCAAGGACUUAGUUUAGAAGAAACUGUCAAGCAAGUAACAACGCCAGAGUUUGGUGGUUAUGCACUGUUUGGAUGGAUCCAUUCUGAUCUUAAUGUGCCAGCAGUAUAUAAAGAUUUAAGUAAGAAGUGA